AUGAAAGGGAGAAACAAACAGAAUUGGGAGACUAACUUGACCACAGAGUUCUUAUGGGUUGUAUAUUCAAGCUUUAUUCUCUGCAAUAGAAGAAUUAAAGAAACUCGAAUUCAUCGAUCAAUACAAAGACAAAGAAAAAGGGGAAUAAAACUCUACGCCUGCUUAAAUUAUGCAAAAGAGAUCGCCCUACAAAAAAAGAAGGUGCCUCCACCUUUACCUCCAAAGCCACUCUCUUUAUCAACAUCUACUUUCCUUCCUCCGCCUUUGCCUCCUAGAAAGCAUGUCAACAUCAAGUCAACGCAAGACAGCAAGUUGAAAAAAGGACUAAGAAAGGCCUCAGCACCAGGAACAAUAAAAAAUAAAAAUAUAAAACCAUUGAUGACGCCACGGCGUUCAUCCUCUCCUAGUAUAGUUGUCAAUUCAUCGAAGCCUUUCUCAUCGUAUACCAACAAUCAAGAAAUAUUUCUCCUUGCAACUACCAGGAUUCAUACUCGUGUUCGUGCAAAGACGUUCACAGAUCUAUCAUCCGAUGAUGUGCCUCUAAUACCCCAGCCACCUUUUGAUUUUAUUAACCAGUCCUUACAGCAUCAACAAGAAUUUAGUCCCUCCUUUGAAAAGUUACGAACACUCCAGUCAAUCAAUAUUCUUUCCAUUCUUCAAUUUCAUCCCAUGAUGACUGCUUACCAACUGACCCUAAUCGAAUCCGCCAUCUUUCGUAAUGUCACGACAACAGCUCUAUUGAACCAUACACCCAAGUCACCAGAUCCAUGUAUUGUUGCAUCUACCGAUUUCUUCAACUAUCUAACAAGGCUCAUCGAAUAUAGCAUAUUGAUCAAAUUGGAAGCGUCGGAUAGAUCCCAGCAUUUAAAUUAUUGGAUAAAGGUAGCUGGCAAAUGCUAUGAACUUAAAAACUAUCAAACCCUGAAGGCAGUGAUAUCUGCCCUAGGAACACCACCGAUGCAGCGUUUGAAACGCUCUUGGGCAUUUGUGCCCAAAAAGGCAAUCAGUUUACUGGAAGAGCUAGUUGAGCUCAUGUCUGAGACCUCCAACUAUGAAAAAUACCGACGGGUCAUGCUUGAGGAUAUCAAGUUACAUGAACCCAUGAUUCCCUUCUUGGGUACAUUUAUCCAUGACAUGACUUAUCUCAACGCAUUAAACAACCAGCAAGACGCAAGACUAACAGAUCUUUUAAGCUUAUUUACUGACAUGCAAAAGAACCCAGACUAUUCCCCUGCAUUACCUGCGAUGUAUACCAAGGAGGUGAUUUCUUACAACAGACCAAAAUUCUCCAUACGAACAACUGCUUCUACCAGAAAGGGAGUUUAUGAUGAUGAGCUUGCAAAGAUAAAUAUGGACAUGCAGCAAUGUCUUGUUACGCAGUAUCUGUUGACACGACCUUGGGUAAAUGAAAAGACGGUGGACGAGCUCUGUGUCCUUCGUGAACCUACAAAGGCUAAUGGAGGAAUAUGCCUUACUUCUUCCGUCAGCUUAACGACAACCCGAAGCAGUUCAGGCAGCUUGACUAGUAGUAGCACAAGUCCCAGUCGUCCGUUAAGUCUAGAAGAUGAAGAAGAUUAUUUUGAAAGGAAAUCAUCAGCUGGGUUUUGGCUGUUUGGAAGAAAAAGUGUUGAUCAGAGCACUGCUUUUAAACCAGUUGAAUCAUUUGCCACCUUGCAUCGAUCUCCACGCCAUUUUUCCUUUGAUGAGGUCAACACAGAUAAUGAUGAAAAUGUAUGCAUUAAGAAAAGAUAUCAUGGGACAGUAACAAGUCAAAGUAGCAGCUCAUUAGCUAUUUUCCGAAAGGACUUUUGGAAAAACAACAGUAACACAAACGGCAGUAGUGCCAGUAAUGGUAGCAAUAAGUUCUCUAUAAUUUCAUUCAAUAGUGAACCAUCUAUUUCAUCUGUAACUCAUAAUACAGCAUCACCACAUCCUUUAGAUAACUCACAAUCUGAUACUUCAAGUUCUUUUGUUUGGACAUGA